AUGGCAGGAAGAGGAUCGCUUGUGGUUGUGCUUGUGAUUUUGGUGGUGGGAAGUGUGGAGGCUAGGAAGCUCGGGCAAACCGUUGAAUUCCAGCCUGAUAUUUCUCAAACAAACGGUGAUGAAAUUGGUGGUGGCGAGAAGGGAGGGAAAGUGAAAGAUAGCGAAGAGGUUGGCGUAGAUAGUGAUAGUGGAGCUGGCAUUGGGGCCGGUACAGGAUUAGGGAGCGGCGUCAGAGGAAAUAAAAAUGCUGGUGUGAAAAAGGGAGGCGAAGCUGGAGCUGGCGUGGGUGGUGGUGUUGGGGCUGGUAUUGGUGCUGGUGCUGGUGCUGGUGUUGGUGUUGGUGCUGGUGUUGGUGCUGGUGCUGGUGCCGGUGCUGGAGCCGGAGCCAGAGCCAGAGCCAAAGCUGGAGUGGGUGGUGGUGUUGGGGCUGGAGCGGGUGUUGGUGAGGGAUUAGGCAAUGGGAACCGCAGAAGUAAAGAUGGAAGUGGGGGAAAACGAGGUGGCCUUAGGACUGUCGGAGUUCAUGAUCUUGGGAGUGGAAUGGGUGGUGGAUCAGGCAGCGAACGUAAGGGAAAAGGUAGAGGUGGUCCUGCAGUAUUCGACAGCAAAAUCAGUGACAUUGGGGAUGGUGGUGGAGCUGGGGAUGGUGGUGGAGCUGGAGCUGGAGCUGGAGCUGGAGCUGGGGCUGGAAUCGGGGGUGGCAUACGUGGUGGAAUCAGUGGAGGUGCAGGUGCAGGUGCAGGUGGUGGAGCUGGGGCUGGUGGUGGAGCCGGAGCUGGUGGUGGAGCUGGAGGUAAUGGUGUAGCUGGAGCUGGAGCCGGCGGUGGAGCUGGAGCUGGAGCCGGAAUUGGGGGAGGCAUAAGUGGUGGUAUCAAGGGUGGAUUUGGUGGAGGUGGAAAUGUAGGUGGUGGAGCUGGUGCUGGUGGUGGAGCUGGGGCUAAAGGUGGAGCUAGGGCUGGUGGAGGAGUUGGAGGCGGCGUAACUGGUGGUAUUGGGGGUGGAAUCACCGGCGGUGCUGGUGCUGGUGCUGGUGCUGGUGGCGGUGCUGGUGCUGGUGCUGGUGCUGGUGCUGGUGCUGGUGGAAAUGCAGGUGCAGGUGGAAAUGGAGGAGGUGGGGCAGGGGUUGGAGCUGGAGGUGGGGCUGGGGCCCGGGCUGGUGGCGGCUGGACUGGUGGUAUUGGGGGUGGAAUCAGCGGUGGUGUUAGUGGACGUGCCGGUGCUGGUGCUGGUGGUGAUGCUGGUGCCGGUGCUGGUGCUGGUGGUCGUUGA